AUGAAGUCGGUAAUAUUAUAUCCAUAUGGGCCACUAACGGGGACAGGAUGUUGUCGCAUGUUACAUGCGAAAAAUUUGGCGUUAACAAGUGCGAUUUACACAAUUAAUAUGUCGCUUUUAAUUGUUUUGAUAUACUCUUGGCGUAUAAAUGUGAAUAUGCGAAAGGCGGAGGCUUUAGAGGAUGUUUAUUAUGGUGUUCAAAUAGCAUAUUUCGCCAUUAUCGGCACACAAAUGUCUAUGAUAGUGCUGAGCGUUAUGCUGAUAUUCGGAAUUUAUAAGGAGAACCCGGGACUCAUAGUGCCAUGGAUAAUUGGUUACAUCACUUUUAUGGCAUUGGAGGCGGUGGCCAUGGUCUACUCCAAUGUCUUGCGAGAUCAUGUCAAUAAGCAAUUCGAUGCAGUGUGCAAAGCGGAAGUGGCCUUCUUCAUAGCGCGUGCAGUCAUUAACGUGCUCGCCAUGUGGGGCGUUAUGCGCUUCUACAAUUUGGUGCGUGCAGGCAUCACAUGGAAAGGUCCCGAGGCAAAAACCGCAUCGUCAACGACGGCGGCGACGACGACGAUGCCAUAUCAUCACUGCAAUGGCAGCGGCAGUAAACAACGCCGAUUCAAUUAUACUAUACCCGACGUGGAGCGCAAGCCGACCGGUUGUUGUUUCUUUGAUUUUGACGAUUAUGAUGACGACGAUGACGACGAGGAACUGGAAUGUGGCGAGUAUGGUGAUGACGAUUAUGAUUACGAUGAUUACUACUACGACGACGAUGACGAAGAUAGCUCCGAUUGUACGAUGCUUGGCGCGCCACUGCAGCAUAAACGUCCAUGUAAUCGCACACAUCGCUCUAGGCACCUGCACGCACGUACGUACUCUUCACGCAUGCGCAACAACAACAUACGCACAGUGCUGAUUAACAAACGGCAUCACAAGUACAAAAUCGCUCAACCGCAGACACGGCUCGAGGUGAUCAACGAGUCGGAGCGCAGCGCGGGCAGCGGCAGUGAUGAAAAUGAUUCGCUAUUGGUCGCAUAUGAUAGCACAUCGUCGUUAGCAUCGGUUUGA